UUUCCACCACCAUGUCUUGUGUACAUUAUAAAUUCUCGUCUAAACUCAACUACGACACGGUCACUUUCGAUGGCCUGAACAUCACUCUGGCCGACCUGAAAAGACAGAUUAUGGGUCGAGAGAGACUCAAAGCUGUCGACUGCGGCCUACAAAUCACCAACGCACAAACUAAAGAAGAAUACAAAGACGACGAGGCCCUGAUAUCCAAGAACUCCUCUGUCAUCAUCAGAAGAAUACCCAUCGGAGGAGUCAAGGCUUCAAGCAAGAUGUAUAACAUUGAGCGUUUUUCAGAACAGAAUCACUUCCCCGUUCAGAACCUCCCCGUCGGAUCCUCCAAAGGAGAUCGUUCUUCAGAACACAGUCACUUUUCCGUCGGAUCCUCUAAAGGAAUUGAUGAUCAUGCUUCAUCUAUAUCACUGGCCCAACUCUCAAAGACGGCGAACCUGGCGGAGGCCAACGCAUCGGAGGACGACAAGAUCAGAGCCAUGAUGUCACAGUCCAAUCACGACUACGACCCCAUACAUUAUGUGAAGAAGUUGACGGGGCCCCCUCCAGCCAACUACACCUGUUAUCGCUGUGGCAAGAACGGACAUCACAUCAGGAACUGUCCUACUAACGGGAACGAGAAAGGGUUUGAGCCGCCCCAGAGGAUCAAGAAGAGUACCGGCAUCCCCCCGUUCCUUCAUGAAGGAAGUGGACGACCCGUCUAUAAAGGGAGCCAUGUUGACCAACACCGGGCACUACGCCAUCCCUACGAUAGACGC